GGCCCUUUACGCGUUAUGUUCGGCGUUUGGACCGGAGUGGCGGUGCGACGGAGGGGCGUAACAUUACACAGUUUAAAAAAUAAAUACGUUAGUUUCAGCGAUAUAACCCAAGAAAGUAUAGCAAACGAUGCAGAAAAUAGCAAUGCAUCAGAUAAUAUAGAUUUACAUGUUUUAUCUGAUAGAGAACAUGUGUACAUGAGAAAAGGGAAUAAAAAUAAAAGAAUAAGAAAAGGAAUUAGAUAUGCUGGUAAUCUGUCCGAUGACAAAUUAAAUGAAAUGUCUCCAGAAAGUUUACAAAAAUUUAUUAAAAAAAUAAAAGUUAUAUAAAAGGAAUAAAAUUAUUAAAAGUGUUCGUAGAAAGAAACAAAGACAGAAAAGAAAGAUUGAAUCUUUACAAAACUUAACAAUAAAUCUACGAAAGCAAGAUUAUAUUUCCUCUAAUUCAGAAGAAA